CAGAAGCACUCGAAUCAGCGUGGUCACUGAUUAGACUUAUUCCCCGGUUGCUCCAUCCUCAACAGCAUGGCCGUUUAAGUAGCGACCUGCGUUUCCCCUCCGUCGUGAUAAUACCCAGCGCGUGCGUCUGUUUCAGCCUCACCACCCCCAACGGCGCGGUGGAACUGCGACCGAAUAUUUCGACUACGCAACCCCCUCCCAUCCCAGAUCUCUCGUUUUUGAGAUCUUUUGGCGGUUCCGGUCGUGUGCCUCCGUCCCCGACUUUUCCCACCGGGUCGCUGAGCUGGCGUCCUCAUGGACACUGAUUCCGCGGCUGAGGCGGGCAUCCCUCACCUGUUAAGCUUGCAGGCGGCAAACUACCGAUCCGACUUCACAGCGCCGCCCUUGGCGGCUUCGUUCAAGUUGGACGAAGGUUACUCCGACGAGACGCGCAGUCAAGCCGAGAAUGAGGCCAAUCCUUCUUCGGAGGAUGUAAUGACACUGCCGGGAUGGGUUUUGGCUCACAGUGAAGCGGACAGAGCUGAGCUUGCCUACAGUCUUCUUCGUACCCUACGAACGUCAACAGUGGCUGCCGUCGUCGAACGCCUGACGCCUCUUUUGCACAUGGAUCCGGUUCUUAAGCUACCCCCAGAGAUCACCGCUGAGAUCUUUUCUUAUCUCGACCCAGCAACCUUGUUGACCGCUUCCCUGGCGUCGCGCGCUUGGAGAGCCCGCAUUCUAGACUCCCGAUUAUGGCGACAGCUCUACAUCAGAGAAGGAUGGGGUCUUGACGUCGAUGCGAUCCGGAGGUUCGAACAGCAACAGGCAGAAUCAGCUUUCGCCCACAACCGCAAGUCGCGGACGAGACAUGCGGACUCAGACGUCACUGAACCCAAGCUUAAGAAGCGUGUGCCACCGAGUUGGCUCGAGUCUCGCGGCACAGGGUCGCCCAGCGGGAAUUCGAAUCGUACAUGGAGCGAGCAGCACGAGUCGGUAGAGGCAGACGCUCCCCCGUCAGUAGAUGACGAGGGUGAUCGUGAAAUGCAAGAUGUCGCAUACGAUCGCCCUCCGUCAUCCUCCACCGGUCAAUAUAUGUCAUCUCGGAUUGCUGAGGAGAUCUCUGCCAGGGCUAACGUUCCGAAAUCAUCGUCUUCCUCGUCCUCGUCGAAGCGUCGGUCCAAUUCGUCCCUUUUGAUCAGGUCACCGAGCGGUUCCGUUCGACUCAACUGGCCUCAUAUAUACAAGCAGCGCAGAAGACUGGAGGAUAACUGGCUCAAAGGUCGCUUCACUAAUUUCCAACUACCCGAUCCCGCUCAUAUGGAAGACGCGCAUCAGGAAUGCGUGUACGCGAUUCAAUUUUCUGGGAAAUGGCUAGUGAGCGGUAGUAGGGAUCGUUCUGUGCGCGUGUGGGACCUGGACACCAAGAGACUCUGGCAUCGCCCUCUAAUGGGCCACACCAAAUCCGUUCUGUGUCUGCAGUUCGAUCCAAGCCCUUCCGAAGACGUGAUCAUCUCCGGGAGCAGCGAUAAGAACGUCAUUGUCUGGCGGUUCUCCACUGGCGAAAAGAUACACGAGUUCACCGCUCACCAGGAUUCAGUGCUGAACCUUCGCUUUGAUCACCGGUACCUGGUCACCUGCUCCAAGGACAAGUUCAUCAAGGUCUGGAACCGUAGUGAACUUAGUGCGACCGACAAAGACUAUCCUACUCUCACCAAGAGCCCAAGCGUCCGGUUCCCAUCCUACAUUGUCGACACAAAGAACAUACCAUCUGCAGUUCUCGAAGCUGAGAUUGCCAAUCGGCAUAUCAAAACCUUGGCUCCCUACUCUCUUCUUAUGACACUUGAAGGGCAUGGUGCUGCGGUGAACGCGAUCCAGAUCUGUGGGGAUGAGAUCGUGUCGGCCUCUGGUGACCGGCUAAUUAAGCUGUGGGACAUCCACAAUGGAACGUGUACGAGGACCUUCGUCGGUCAUCACAAAGGAAUCGCGUGUGUACAAUCUGACGGCUUGCGCGUUGUCAGCGGAAGCAAUGACGACACAGUCCGUAUCUAUGACCAUGCAUCUAGUGCUCAGGUUGCUGUGUUGCAAGGUCACCACAACCUAGUCAGGACUGUUCAGGCUGGUUUUGGCGACAUGCCUGGAGCUGAGGAAGCGCUGCGGCUCGAAGCGGAGGCGGUCGAUCACAGCUACUGGGAGGCUAAGCGGGCGGGUACACUGCCAGAUAUCGCGCCGUCUCGUCGCGGACGACUCGCUCAGAGAUAUAAUCCGGGGUCCAGGGACCCCAAAGAUAUCAUCGCUCUAGGUGCCAAAAUCCCUCCUGGUGGGGGUGGAGGUCCUUGGGGAAGGAUAGUCUCUGGGUCUUACGACGAGACUGUCAUUAUAUGGAGGAGAGACCGUGAAGGAAACUGGGUCGUUGGCCAGAGACUCCGCCAAGAGGAUGCCUUGAUGAAUGCGUCCCCUUUCUAUCGGGGUCAAAUAGCCCGCGGGGGGCUUCUUCGAGUUCCCAAUAUCGCCCAUCACAACCAGCAGCUCCAAGCGGCUCAGGCACAGCUUAUGAUGCAAAAUGCCCAAGCUGCUGCUCCCAACCUACCAACGGAGGCAGCCCCGCCCCCGCAAAAUGUGCAGAACCAGGCGGUUGGCAACCAAGGAAAUGGACCAGACCCGAGGAAUGGUGGUGCUGAAGGUCAAUCAGCAUUACUUGGAAUACCAGCAUAUCAACCAACGACGGGGCAGCAGGGAAAUGUCCAAGUACCGAUUCCUCAGGCCCAACCGAAUGCUCAGGCAGCAGCUGGCAAUGUACAGGCUCCAAAUGAGCCUCCCGCUGCCAAUCAGCUACCACCACACCAUCACCAUCACGCGCACCAUGGCCUGAACCGUCCUGCGUUCCAUAAUGCGGCCGUUCAGCCGACUGCUCGGGUUUUCAAGCUGCAGUUCGAUGCCCGCAAGAUCAUCUGUGCCAGCCAGGAUCCAAGAAUCGUCGGCUGGGACUUUGCUUGUGACGAUGAAGAAAUCAUCGAAGCUUCUCCAUUCUUCAGGGGCGUUUGAAUUAGUCGAGUAAAAAAGCGAAGGAUUUAGAGUACUUAUUCGCAGUCUAUGGAACAUGAUCAUGUAUAAGAGGGAACUCCUUCAGCAUCUAUGUUGCGUGAGCGUUCAAUGCAUCUCAGUUGUUCAUUUUUCACCAGUGUCCCAUAAUAAAUAAAUUCUAAUUGUUAAGUUUUAAGUUUAUCCUUUUUAUUUUUCUCUAAGAAGAAUUUUUAGUAGG